UUAUUGUGGAGGGUAAACUUCAAAGCGGAAAGAAAUGUCGCCGCAAUGGCACAGUCUACCCACGCGAAAUAUAUCCGUGCCACCGUUGCUAUACAGAUUUAUCUACACGUCUCAGUCUUAUGACUUCUAUCUCACCGAUCUCACGCACAUAUGGCGUGAAAACUUACAACACAAACAUAUAUUGCAAAAGGCCGAAGACACGGAGACGAGUAUUGACCCUAGUGAAGAUGCAAAUCAGUAUGACGUGCUCAUGCGAAAGAUUCAAGAUGCCCUUGAUGGAGCAAAGAAUACUACCGUAGCCGUCACUUCGGGGCGGAGGUCCAACUCGAUUACAGUAUCAACUAACACAAAGUUGCCUGGAGGACUGAACCCAUUGAAAUGGUCAUUUAUGCUGUCGAAAGAACCCCCAUCAGCAGUCACGCGAUAUUUGCUUCUUCCGCUCCUGAAGAAUGAAAAGGAUCACGAACAGCGGGAACAAUCUCUGUUGGAACAUAUUAGAGAGAAGGAUAACGUUCUGUCUAAAAUCUUUGACAAGAUUGAUCCUUCUCAAUUGACCUCAAUGUUUCCGGGCACUGCAGGUGUUCGGCAUACUAAACUGAAAACAUCAGACUUGAUUAGGCACAUCAAGGGAGCCACAAAAUUCGAGGAAAAAAAAUGGCGAGGUAGUCCGGCUGAGGAAGAUGAUCUUGGGAGCGGUCUUGCAUCUGCAUAUGGCGGUACUUCUUUGGACAGCACAAAUAUAAGAGAUGUCGCAUGGUGGGAAAAUCUCGGUAAUGGAAUUGAUUCAGCAUCAGAAUCGCCAGAGAGAUCCCAAACGGCGACUAAAAGGAAAAACAGUCCUCCAAAUAUUUACGCAGGUGGUGAUAAACAGAAGCCUGCAGACGAGGAUCUGAGCACCGAAGAUGAAGAUGAAUUUCAGCGUCAAGAGACCCCGCCCCAUCUCAAGCGUAAAAAGGACGAAGAAGACAGAAACCCUGUCAAAAGCAGCGGAUCUGAUCUCGGAGUUGGUACCACUGAGUCAGAUGCGGAUGUCAAGUCGGACGAUAGGUUAGAUAGUAGGACAAUACCUGUUCAGAAAGGAAAAUCCCCGAAGAAGGUGAUGGGCCGUAUUGGAGCACCAAAAGCUUUUGCCUUGGGACACUCUCGAAAAGGGGCCGUUGCGGAUGAGACAGACUCUGAUGAUACACCAGAUACGCCUAGGUCACGACAUAGAAUUCCGACUCCGCGAGAAGAUCAUGAGAUGUAUGACGGGACUGAAUCAGAUUCCCAACCUGAACGUGUUCAAACACCAAGCCCGCCUAAAACCAUGAAAGAUCGUCCUACUGAGAAUGCUCCCAAGAAGAAAGGAGUUUUAAGUAAAAUAGGCGGCAAAAAACCAGAACCCAAGAGGGCACCAUCUCCAGAACCACCUGACAAAGUUGACCUCGAAAGAACUCCUUCCGAUAAAGAUGACGAUUUGCAACAACGCCAUCUUCGUUCCCAGCGUCAAUCAACUCCUAAAAAGGGUAAAAAGCUAGGUCUCAUUGGUGGCAAAAAGAAACCACAAGCCACCACGCGAACAACAUCACCCAAACAUGAAGAGACGGAUGACGAUCUUGACUCUGGUCCCAAUAAGUCGAGGAAGACACAAAUGUUGCCAUCAGGAACACCAUCACCACAUCGAUCCGUCUUUAAAUCACCGUCGCCUGUAAGUUGCAUGAAGAAGCCAGAGCCGGAACCCGAGCUAUCUGCAGAACAGAAAGCAGAUAAGAAACGAGAAGAGUUAAAGAGGCAGCUAGAUGCGAAGAGUAAAGCUCCGACGAAGAAGAAGCGAAAGUUUUGA